AUGCUGAGUCGUCUCAACAAUCAUAGGUUUUCAUUGGUUUUUUUCAAAUACAAGCCUUUUUUCAUUUUGCUCAGGGUAGGAAAAAAAAUAAAUUGGUUGAGAGAGUUGAUUUCAAAUUAAUGACAAAGGGGCUUUUUCGUUUCUUGAAAACUGCAAAAAGUUUUCUCGUUGUGUUUAUAAAACAGUUUAAGGGCAUCUUCAUUCAGCAAAGAAUUCUCAAAGUUGAAAAAGUUACACGGAUCUUGCAUAUUCGAUUCUAUCUGACUAAAACAACCAAUAAAUAUUGAUGAUUGAUGAUAUUUAAACAAAUGUUUGAAACAAAGAACGGCUUCUCGUCUUGAUAAUUUUUUUUGAAAGUUGCUUCUGCUCAACCAACAUAGGCGAAUCGAGAAAGGUAUCGCGAGACCCUCUGAGGUAUAUCGCAGGCUCUGAAGUCUCACGAUGGUACCUCGAGUCUACUUCUCAGGACUUUAAGCAAAAUAGGAAUGACUUGAAGAAGACUCUCAAGUAUCUCCGAGAGGGCUCAGAUAUAGCUAAAAGGUAUACCGGAGGUCUCCCGAUGGACACGUUAUGAAGUCUUCACGGUCCAUUUUUAGAGGUACCUUUGUGGACACAUUAUGGUACUCUCUCGAUUUGCCUGUGACUCCAUAGAUUUCCGAACAGGCUUCAGCAUGAUUUUUGACUUGAAAAUUUUCAAGAAACUGCCACCCCUCUUUUUUUUUAUUCAAAUGAAAAUUGGUUUUUGAGCUUGCGCGGAGUGUCAACGACAGCUCGAGCCUCUUUUGCCGGAAAAUAUGAUCCGGAUCUCACGGAUCCCGACACGCUCGCCUUGCACAAGCUCUACCGGCCCGAGAGGACGACGCCUUCCAAAAGAGGCAUCGAACUGCUCAAAACUCCGAGGCUCAACAAGGUUCCUUUUUCCUCCGUGUUGCCUAGAUUUUUUGUUGAAAUAUGAUUUUUGCAAUUUUGAGAUGUAAUUGAUGACUUUUUCAUCAAAAACACAGAAAUAAUCUUUGACACGGAAAUGAUGUUUCACAAUUGAGCUGUUUGAAUGUGAAAUUUAGAAUUUCCUAUGAACUGGCUCAAAAAUUCAUCGAAAGUCCACGUAAAGAUCCGCGAUGAUGGACCCAAGUUGUAAUUCCUAGACAUCAGUAAAAAUUUAAGUUAUUUUUUUUUUCACAAUUCAGAAAUAUUUGUUCCAAGCCAGGUUGAACGCGAAAACUCGUUUCUCCAAAUUUAGAAGUUGUGCAGAGGAAGACUAUUAGAAAUGUUCAUCUGAAUCUCAAAGUUUUUUUUUUUGGCAAAAGUUGGUAGAACUUUAAACGGUCAGCUACAAAGACCUCUCUAUUAGGGCGAUCUUUUUCUCUUCGCAGAUAUAAGAAAAAUGUCUACCCUCAUUCUUCCUAUUUAUUUGAAGGGAAUGGCGUUCUCUUUGAACGAACGUCAGUAUCUCGGGAUCCACGGUCUUUUGCCGCCAGCCUUCAUGACCGAGGAGCAACAGGCCUACAGGAUCAUGACCAAACUCCGCCAGCAGCCGGACAAUCUUGCUAAGUUUGUCUUGAUCUUGUAACUUAUCAAUGAAAUGUUUCUUUCCCCAGCGACCGAAUAUAGCUCCUCAAGGACUUUGAUCUCGUUCUGAUAAACUAAAAAUAACAUUAUUCCUACAUUCAAUGACAGUUUGCAAAACGGUAACAAGCAAUUAAGAAAUCAGCAGCUUAAGGAACAUUUCAAAGCUUGUUUUGUUCCAUCCCAUCAUACGAUAAAUUUGCUUUUAAGAAAUUUUCAAAAAGAUUGAGCUUUAUACAAAUUGAUUGGGAGCGGAAAUUGAUUCGUAUCUUUUCUCACUGUGCUGUAUGGUCAAAAAUUAGGCACAACACAACCUGCUGUUUUUUUUUUCGAAAAAAGUUGAUUACAGGUAUAUCCAACUGGACAGUCUUCAGGAUCGUAACGAGAAGCUUUUCUACCGCGUGCUCACGGACAAUGUCAAGGUUGCUCCUUUUCCCGUGUUUUUUUGCUUAUUCCCAAUGUUAGGAGCUUAUGCCAAUCGUCUAUACGCCAACUGUUGGUCAUGCUUGCCAGAAGUUUGGGUUCAUCUACAGAAAUCCAAAGUUUCACCUGUAUCUGAUCGUUGUUUUGAAUCAAACUUUCAGGGGACUGUACAUCACCAUCAACGACAACAGCAUCAGCAAAAUCCAUCAGAUUCUCGCCAAUUGGCACACGACGGACAUCAGAGUGGGUUCCAGAGUUGCAAAAAAGCAUUUUUGAAGAGUUUUUUGUUUUUUCAUGGAAGAAAACGUGCAAAGCUGAAAGGUUUCUUUGAUAUUUUCAUUUUCAGAUUGUGGCCCAUGCCCGGUCUUUUUUAAUAAUUUUUCGCAUUCCAUUCCCGGGCAAAAUGUCAAAAGGUGGCACCAGUUUCCUUUAAUUUCUCAAAAGUGAUCAAAAGUUUCUUACUCUUUUUUUUUCUUCUUCAAAAUACUUUUGAUGCUAGCAGAAAUUUCUUUUUUUCUUGUUGUUGAGGAAACUUUGUUUUGUUUAACUUUAGCACUUUAGAAUAAAGUCCUUUGCUAUGAUAAUUGCAAAGCUUAAAAACUUCCCGAAUAUGAUCUGAUUUCAAAAUGAGCUCUAUUAAGUACUUGAUAGGGCGUUCAGAAUUCCUUAAGCCUUCAGGCGAUCGUCGUGACUGAUGGCGAACGAAUCCUGGGACUCGGCGACUUGGGAACCUAUGGCAUCGGAAUUCCUGUUGGAAAAUUGGCCCUGUACGUGGCGUUGGCUGGUAUCCAACCGGAUUGGUGUCUUCCAGUCAUUCUCGACGUUGGAACCGACAACAAUGUAGGUGCAGUUAGAGGCGAAAUCAUGUUUUCACUGGGAUUUCUGUAGUUUUUUUAAUUGUAGAACCCGUCUUUUUCGUUUUACAAAUGGUUUAAAAUGAUUUCAGCUUUUCUUCUAACGGAGCUCAGUUCCAAAAAAAAAAACGGAAAAUUGAUAGUUUUGUAGUUAAUAUAGUUCUAGCAAUGGUGCUACAAGGAUUUCACCAUAACUGAUAUCUAAAAAAAUCGUUUUUUUGUUAAGUGUUUUUCUGAUUAAAAAGGCAUAAAAUCCAAAAAUAAGUUUGUCUGACAAAGAAAGUUAAAUUCCUUCACCUCUGCGCUUUGAGUAGCAUUUUAUCUCAUUUUCAGUUUUAGGAGCUUCUAAACGAUCCAUUUUACACGGGACUCCGUCGGAAGCGCGUCCGUGGCCAAGAGUACGACACACUUGUCGACAACUUUAUGAAAGCCGCCACAAAACGGUUUUUGUUUCUUUAUUGCGAUUUUGUGUAUGAGAUAAGACUCUCUUCAUACGAUUAUUGCGUUGAAAAAAAACUUUAUUAAACUUUCUUUUUUAAUCAGGGUAACAUCUUCUGGAUGAAUUCAAUAAAGAAACUUUUUGCACAAAGUAAUUGAAGUUGUUAGAAAGUUAAUUAUCUUCGAAAAUUCAAGAUCUCUCUCUCUUUUUGCAGAUUCGGACAAGACACCCUGAUCCAGUUCGAAGAUUUCGGCAACUCGAACGCCUACCGAUUGUUGGAUCGCUACAAGGGCAAGUACUGUAUGUUCAACGACGACAUCCAAGGUGCCGGAUAACGACUGCAAUUAUUUGAACGUCGUCUUUCAGGAACGGCAGCCGUAGUGGUGGCUGGGCUGCUGGCCAGCACGAGAAUCACCAAAAAGAAGUUGUCGCAGGAUAAAAUUGUCUUUUUCGGAGCUGGCGGUGUUCGUUUUUUAUUAUUAAAGUCCAGUAGUUUCCUCCGUUACAGAAAAUAAACCCUUGGUUGAGAGAAAAUAUUAAAGUCCGUUGAAAAGUCCUAUUGACAACAGAAGAUAAGGAAAAAAAGUGUUCAGGCGGCUACUGGCGUUGCUGAGAUGUGCGUUCGGCAAAUGGUCGACGAAGGUCUUAGCGAGAAAGUUGGUGUUUUUUUUUUUUGAAAUUAUGUGAUAGUGACUUCACUUCUCAAUUUUUCAUAACUAUGAUUUGAGUCCUGUUGUUUUUCUCCCCCUAUGAAGUAUUAAAAACCUCUUGCUAACGAGGGAAGACCCUUUUUAUGAAAAAUCUUCUUCAUUUCAUAAAGUUUUUCUGUUUGAAGGACGCUUGUGACCGUAUUUAUAUGGUGGACAUCGAUGGUUUGAUCACAAAAUCUCGCUCCGCCACCUUGGGAGAAAGACACGUCAAAUUUGCGAAGGUUGUUCGAAAAAAUGUAUUCAACAAAUUGACUUUAUUUACUUUUUUCGUUCAAACCCCAUCGCUUUUCGUUUUCCAUGGUUCAUACAGUUUUUCAGGACCUGCCGGACACGAAAAACCUUUUGGAGAUUGUCAAAACAGUUCGUCCAGGCGCUCUGAUUGGUUUUCAUCCAUUUCUUGAAAGUCCCAUCAAAUUCCUUCGAUUCAAGGCGCGUCGACGGUGGCUGGCGCGUUCACCGAAGAGAUCCUGAAGGAGAUGUCACUGAUCAAUCCGCGGCCUAUCAUCUUCGCCCUGUCGAACCCGACGAGCAAAGCCGAAUGCACUGCAGAAGCCGCGUAUCGCGCCACCAAUGUAUGCAUUCAAACUCUGAAAUCGUUCGCAGAAAGUAGGCAGAGCUCCAAAAAAGAAAAGACAUUUGAAUGACUUCCUGUCUCCGAAACUGAUGGCGUAAUAUUUACCCGCCCACCGUUUGCCUCGAAAUGCGUGACAUCAGCAAAUAGAUGUUCAACCGGGGGCUUCAAAGGUCGCUAGUUAGAAGAAAUCAAAGACAUGAUGUGGCUUGCAAAAAGUGUAUAUGCAGGGCACGGCUCUGUUCGCCUCCGGCUCUCCUUUCGACGACGUCGAGAUGGACGGCCGUACCUUCAAGCCUGGCCAAGGCAACAACGCCUACAUCUUCCCGGGCGUCGCCCUCGGAGCCGUCCUUUUCCGCGUCAAACACAUUCCAGACAAGCUUUUCCUUCUCGCCGCCCGAGUCCGUCUCUACUAUUUUGUGAGCAUAAAGUAUGUGCUUCCAGAUGGUCGCCGAGAACGUUUCUGAGAAGUCGCUUUAUACUUUCUCCCGAGUUUAUCCUCGCUUGAAGGACAUUCGGGAACUUUCUGUCAAGAUCGCCAUCGAGGUUUGUCUUUUUCGUAUUCGACAUUGUUGAAUCGGAUGGAUUGGCCAGACACUCAAUUGAUUAAAUUCCCAUUGAAAUUUUUGACUGAAUUAUUAAUCGGUCUCAUAGAUUUUUGGAAGAGAAUUAAAUUUACAAAACUUCAUCAAAUCAAAAAUAAUGCCAUUGAUCGUUAUCUCUCUUUUACAGGUCGGCCAUUAUUGCUACGAUCACAAUUUGUCAACGUUGCACCCGAAACCGGAAGACAUGGUCCGUUGAUCUUUCGUUUUUUGGUUCUUUAUUUCCAAUUUCAUCAUUCCUAGAACGUUUCUUAACGCCAAUUUUCUUAUUUUUCCUCUGCCAGUUUUUUCUAACUAAAAUUGUUGAAAAUGUUUUUUGUUGCGCUUUAGUGAUCCGGAAAGAAUUAUUCAAGAGUCCCUCUAAAAAUGGUCUCUUGAAGUUAGUUUGCGAGAGAUCAGCGGCGACCUGAAGAGACGCAGAUUUCUUCUUCUCGGUGCAAUUUUCCCCUUCUUAUCGCCUUUUCUUUGCAGGAAAUGUUUGUCCGACAGCAGCUCUACUCGGUCGAGUACGACGAACUGAUCAACAAGACUUACGAAUGGCCGGCCAAGGACUCGAAACACGGCUUCCCCGUCCCCGUCCUUCGACGGACCUCCAUGGACGACGAAUAAUCUCAUUCUCUUUCUUUUUUUUUCGCCCAGUUCUUCGUUUUCUUGUGCAAUACGCCUCCAAGUACUGGAAAAUGGAACUAAUUAUAGCGUUCUAUGCAAAUCGAUUUAUCCUCUUUUUCUAGUCUCUUCGGAUUUCCUCUUUAUAGAUUUUAUUAAAAAUUGUGUACGUGUAAUUUUCCUUUCUCUCCUAUAGCGAAACCUCACCCCUUGUAUACAACUACAGUGAUGUUACACAGUGAUGCUUAGUAAAAAUUUCUAUGGUUUACCGCGAAUCUUGGAAACUUAUGGAAAACUUUUCCUUGUUUUACUUCUAUUUGUUUGAUAAUAUUCUGACACUCUCCGUUCAGAACGUCGAACUGCAUGCUGCGGUAGUUUUGGCGAUGCUAAUGGAGAAAAAUUCAGUGACGGUGGAAGUGCCGAUAAAUAUUGCGCUCAUCAAGUAUUGGGGAAAAAGAGACGAGGUACAUUCUUGGAACGGAACUUUCAGAUUUGUGGUUGAGAAAAUCGGGGGAUAACUGGUUCGAAACUUUUUCUCGUGGUUUUGAAGCCCCAGGACUUUUCUCUUGCUUUGCGUUUUUUUUAUAACGUAACCCUAUUAUUCUUUCUACUGAUAAUGCUUGAAGAUACAAAAAAUAUAAAAACUGCCUGAGAAAGCGUGCUUCUGAAAAGAAAGCAAGCAAAAUCUGAACGAGCACUACAAUGAACUCCAUUCCAGGAGUUGAUUUUGCCCUUGAACGACUCGGUGUCGUUGACUGUCGAUGCUCUGUUUGCAAGAACUACUGUUACUGUCCUCAAAGGAGCUUCGGAGCACGAAGUCUCUGUCAACGGCAAACUACAAGACCUGACUAAAAGUUCACGAUAUUCCCGUCUUUUUGCGGUAAAUCUCACCUCGCUUGAUUUGUAUACGGUUAUUAGGAAGCCCUGCGGCAGAGACGGAAACGUGGCCAUAACGAAAGCGAGAGUAAUGGAUCCGUGGGAGUGCAUUUCAAAGUGAUUUCCGCCCUGUAAAUAUUGAAAUUCUCCUUUAUUCAGGUCACAUCCGAAACGAAUUUUCCAACUUGCGCAGGACUUGCGUCAUCUGCAGCUGGUUUCGGCGCCAUUGCGUUGGCCUUGCAGGAGCUUUUUUCGUUUGACGACGUCGAGGCGAAUCGAAUGGCUCGGCUGGGUAUGAUUUCCGCUCGGUUCGUAUUUGAGCCUAUGUUUUUAUCAAGAGAUUUUUCAAAAAUUAAUCCAAUUUCCAAGUUAAAAGUUUAAAAAAAUAUGGUCAAAAAGUCUGUGGAUGGAGAACUUUUUAUGAUCGGAAUAAAUAGAUUGAAAAAAAUUGAAAUGAGAGAACAGCAAAAUACAAAUUUAGCUGUAAUAAAAGAAAAAAACUCUACAAACUGAUAAUUUUGCGUAAAAUCAAGAUAACUGAGUUGAAAAGAAAGAAGGAAUCUUCAAACAAUUCUCAGCGAUUUUUUGUAAAGGAACCAUGUUUCAUUUUUUUCUUUUUUGGAACUUUGAACGAACUGAAAGAUUUUUCGACCUGUGGCAGGCUCUGGAAGCGCCUGCCGGAGUAUGCUGGGCGGUCUGGUUCGAUGGCACGCCGGGGAAUCUGACGAUGGACUGGACUCCUACGCCACGGUUGGUGCGAAGACAGUGCAAAAAAGCUGAACUUUAGUACACAAACGAUAAAUUUUGAGAGAAGAAAGAAUAAUUAAUUUCAGCGGAUGAGAAAAUGAGAUGGGAAGCCCUUGGCCAGAUGAGUGAAAAAUUUUCUAGAGAACUUUCAUUCAGCCUUCAGAGAAGAUUAUUCUCUGAAUCAGGAGAUGAUAGAAUAGUUGUUUUUGGUUUAUGAAACUGUCGUUGAUUACAGCGCGAGUUCAUCUCAUCUUUCUUUUAAUAGUAGUAGUCGAAGUCGAGAGUUACAUUGCUUCCCCAAGUAGGAACACGGCGUUAAGUUUGUCCAGGGCAGACGGGCGUUGGAAGAUAUCUCCGGGUGAUCAAUCAAAGUUGUUGUUUUAGCUUUUGAUGUAGUCGACUAAGGGGUGAACAAAAACUUAUUAAGCCAUAUCGAAUAACCGCCUUUGGCGGACUAGAACUGCAAACGUGUAGUUGAUCGAGUUGAAAGCAUUAUCUGAGGUCCAUCGCCUUGUUCUUCUGCGCGUGAAAACUUUACAGGGAAAAAAAGAGAAAAAGUGCGAGUGAAUUAACUCGACUGCGGUUCUUACGAAUAAGUGUAACAUGUAUUCCAGCAACUCUUCGACGAAUCCGAAUGGCCUUCCUUGCGAAGCAUCGUUUUCGUUUUCGACGACAUGGAGAAGAAGGUCGGCAGCACUUUGGGCAUGCGCAGAAGCGUCGAGACGAGCGCUUUGCUGCCGCAUCGAGCCCUCGUCGUCGUUCCGCAACGAGUCGAGAAGUUGUCCUUGUGGCCGACUCAUCCAGCAUUCUCAUGUUCAGACUUUCGAAGGCAUUUGAAGAAAGGGACUUCGAGACCCUCGCGACGGUCAUUAUGCAGGACAGCAAUCAGUUCCACGCCAUUUGCCUCGAUUCUCAUCCGCCUUUGAAGGUAUUUCACAGCAAAUACUCAUUUUCACUGAUAGAGUCUUUCCCGAUAAGUUUUUUUCAAAGAUACUAGUUUUGAUGCUCAUUCAUUCUAUCAUGUUUCCAGUACCUAUCGGAAUCGUCGUGGGACUUCAUGGUCAUGGUCCAAGAGUUCAACGAUUCUAUGGGCGCUGUCUUGGCGGCCUACACCUUUGACGCCGGUCCAAACGCUUGCGUCUUCUUGGAAAAGUAUGCUUCAGUUGGUUUACUUCUGAAAAACUUCCCUCAUGUGAGCUGAAUAGAGAAAGAAGUGUGAAUGAUCCACGUCUGUCAUGAAAAGUCACGAGAUUCUCUAUGAUAUUUGCCUCGUCUCCCUGUUUCCCAAGAAUCUUUUUGUUUUAUGGAAAGGCCAUGUCGACUCAUUUCUUUAUGAACGAAUCGAAAAGAAUGCAGAUUUGCUAUACGUGACGCACGUCAAUCUAUUACCGAAUUUUUUUUUGUUGAAAAAUGAUUUUUGAAAGUCUUUUCCAUAAAAAUGUCCGCGUUUUCCGAGAAAUAAUCUUUUUUUCAGAGUAGAAUUUUUCAAGCCUUCAAUUCCCUUUUUAUUCCAUUUUAUUCCAUUCCAAUUCAAUUCCAUUUUAUAUCGAUUAAGUUUUUAGUUCAGGUUUUUUUACUUGCAAACUUACAAAAAUUUUCACUCAAAAUUAUAUUUUUUUCUUUUUUUCGAUUUUAUUCAAAUUUUGUGGCAGUUUUAAAAAUCUCAAACAUCCCAUACUGUAGACAAAAACUUUUUUUCAAACCUUUUCUAAACAAAUUUUUCUUUUUGAGCCUUUUCAGAACUUUCGGAACUCCGGAAAUUAUUAAUCUUAUUUUUUUAUUUUAAAAAAAGUAAAAAAAUCCGACUAAUUGAACAUCAUAUGAAUUUGCUAGCGAACUGAAAAUAUACAAAAGUUUUUUUUUGAUCGUCAGAUUACGCGACUUCAGAACAAGCGUUGCGAAUUUCAUCAAAUUCGCUAACGAGAGGUUCUGCUUGCCACAGAAAGGCCUGGAUGAAGUGAGGGAGGACUACGAAAUUGACGAGGAUUUGCGUCAAAACUCCUCGGCAAAAUAUGCGGCUUCGUGUGUCGUCGUCAGCCAAGUCGGCGGGGGUCCGAGGCUCAUUUCUUCCGAUUGA